ACUCCACACACGCUUCUAAGCCUCGGCACAUCUCCUCACAUCGCUACUAACUACACUUUAUUCAUCCUCCGUGUCAGGAUAAACUCCACUCGUCUCAGUCAAUUUUGGAGAUUAUUAGGCCCGCUUAGCUUGCUAGUUGUUUUAGCGCGCUAGUUAGCUUAGCAUGCUAGUUAGCUUAGCGUGCUAGUUAGCUUAGCUUGUUAGCUGCUAACCAAGAGACGCGGAUUUGAUCAACACAUCGCUUAGUUAAGAUCAAGUGUGAGUGUAAAGUGUUGUGAUUGUGUGAAAAUGUGCGAAAGAACGAUGGCAGAGUACAAAGAGGAACUUUCCAGAACAAAAGAAGAGAACAAAAGACUACGUCAACUACUGGAGGCUGUUUACAAGAAACCUCAAAUUGUGUUCCACGGAACAGACGUCUGUGAAAAAUAUCGUCCACCUGAGCAGCAGGAGGGGUCCUCCAGUGUGGAGCAGAAGAGGUCACAGCACCUCCACGUGAAAGAAGAGGAGCCACAGCCCCCCCACUUUAAAGAUGAGGAAAAACAGCGGCUGUCCCCCCACUUCAUAGAGGAAGACAAGAGACACCUCAUCAGUGUGAAGAGUGAAGAUGAUGAGGUCAAAGGUGAGAGUGAACAGAAGUGGAGCUUCAAGAUGCGGACGGAGGAGCCACAGCCCUCCCGCAUUAAGAAGGAAGAGGAAUACCCACUGACACCCCAUUUUAAAGAAGAAGCGGUGGAUCCACUGAGCCCUCACAUUAAGGAUGAAGAGAAGGACCCACUGACCCCUCACAUUAAAGAGGAAGAGGAGGAACACAGCAUCAGUCAGCAGGGAGAGCAUCUUGAAGGACUGGAGGAGGUUGAUGUCACCAAGAUGCCAGUGACUGGUGUCCCUGUGAAGAGUGAAGGUGAUGAGGUCAAAGGUGAGAGUGAGGAGAAGAGAGAGGCGGAGCCUCCAAGCAGCAGCUCAACUCAACACAUGACAACAGAAGCUGAUGGAGACCACUGUGGAGGAUCACAAGCAGACAAGCUCUUAGCUCCACUAUCAGAUAGUGAGGACACAACGUCACACUCUCCUGACACUGAUGAUGAAGACUCUAAAGAUGAUAAGACAUGUCACACUGACAACACACACUUCACAUGUUCUCACUGUGACAAAACCUUUAAAACUCCUAGUAUUUUGAAAAAACACAUGAGAACACACACUGGAGAAAAACCUUUUUCAUGUUCAAUCUGCGGUAAACAUUUUACUCAAAAGCACAAUUUCAAAACACACAUGAGAACACACACUGGAGAAAAAAAUGUUUCAUGUUCAAUCUGCGGUAAAGAUUUUACUCGAAGGGAACAUUUCAAAACACACAUGAGAAUACACACUGGAGAAAAACCUUUUUCGUGUUCAAUCUGCGGUAAAGAUUUUAGUCAAAGGCCCAAUUUCAAAGCACACAUGAGAAUACACUCUGGAGAAAAACCUUUUUCCUGCUCAGAAUGUGGUAAAAGUUUUGUAGAAAAUCGAAGUUUAAAAGAACACAUGGGAAUACACACUGGAGAAACCCCUUUUUCCUGCUCAGAAUGUGGUAAAAGUUUUGUAAAAAAGCAAAAUUUAAAAGUACACACGAGAUUACACACGGGAGAAAAACCUUUUUCCUGCUCAGAAUGUGGUAAAAGUUUUCUAGUAAAUCAAAGUUUAAAAGUACACAUGAGAAUACACACUGGAGAAACCCCUUUUUCCUGCUCAGAAUGUGGUAAAAGUUUUGCAAAAAAUCAAAAUUUACAAGUACACAUGAGAAUACACACUGGCGAAAACCCCUUUUCCUGCUCAGAAUGUGGUAAAAGUUUUCUAUUAAAUCAAAGUUUAAAAGAACACAUGAGAACACACACCGGAGAAAAACCUUUUUCAUGUUCAAUCUGCGGUAAAGAUUUUUCUCGAAAGGACAAUUUCAAAGCACACAUGAGAACGCACUCUGGUGAAAAACCAUACUCCUGUUCGAGCUGCAACAAAAGCUUCCGUUGCCUAUACACUCUUAGAGUUCACAUGAGAACACACACAGGAGAGAAAGUGUUGAGUUGCAGUGUGUGUGGUGAAAGAUUCUCUUAUAAGAACCAGUGUGAGAAACACAAGUGUGCUGGUGAGAACAGCAGCAGCACAUGAAGAUGCAGGAUUUGAAAUAAACUGUCAAAACUUUCACUUUUGACUUUCUAACAUCAGCACAUAUAACAUGUGUGACAUCAUUGUUGUGUGUGUAACACAAUCUUGUUAAUAACAUUUAUAGAUUAGACACUUUUAUUUCAGUCAAGUACAUGAGUUAAUAUACACAUUUGUGUACUUUAAAAUGAACAGAACAAUUUGACUGAAAUGGUGAGAAUAAACAGUACAUAAAAUAUGUUAUAUACAAUAAACAUUUUAUGUGUAGAUAUUCAUAAUUCACUUUUAUACUUAUUCAUAUUAGUGGUUUUGUAUAAGUUUUUCGAAAUAAUGAAGUGUUACAUAUUUUAUUUUCUAUUUGUGGAUAAUUCCAUAGAUGAACUCCUUUAUAUGAUAUACAUAUUUCACCAUCUCCACCUCUCCAAUGUCCUUCUUUAACCCCUUAACUAGUGUCAUCAAACUAUUAUCAUUCAUGUCUUGAUCUGAUUUAAAUUUAUAUAUGAUCUUGCAGUUAUCUACCAUAACCUUUUUCCUCUUUUCUAUUCCUUCAUCAUCUUCAUGUACUCUUUUAGCACUCCACUUUCCUUCAUGCCCUCCUCUCCCCUUCUUUCCUCUCUUCCCUCUAGUCCUAUCCAUGUCCAUACCUUCCUCAUACAUCAUACUUGCCAACCCUCCCGGAUCUUCCGGGAGACUCCCGAAAUUCAGCGCCUCUCCCGAAAACCUCCCGGGACAAAUUUUCUCCCGAAAAUCUCCCGAAAUUCAGGCGGAGCUGGAGGCCACGCCCCCUCUAGCUCCAUGCGGACCUGAGUGACGUGUUGACAGCCUGUUCACACGUCCGCUUUCCCACAAUAUAAACAGCUAAUGAUGGAGGGCGAGUUCUUGGUUUCUUAUGUGGGUUUAUUGUUAGGCAGUUUCAUUAACGUCCUCCCAGCGCGGUAACAACACACAACAACAGCAGUCAAGUUUUGGUCUGCCGUAAAGCAGUCCGUCUGCCGUAAACAGCAAUGUUGUGACACUUUUAAACAGGACAAUACUGCCAUCUACUGUACAUGCAUAUGUGACCCACCCAUAAUGUGUCACAUUUUUGUGUUGAUUUAUUUAUUUUAUUUUGUGGUUUGAAUUCGUUUUUGGAGCUGUCAUUACACAUUUAUCAGUAUUCACAUUGGUCAG